UAAGGGUGGAGGCUUAUGAGCGUCCCGAUGGAAACUUGUGUUCUCCAUUGUUGUUACGACCCCUUCCGACUCCGAUCCAAACACCCUUCUUCUUCUCCACACCCUUUUGACCUUAAUAAAGGCAGCAGCUGCCUCUCCUCCAGAAUCCCACUCCCAGAGCCCUACACCAAGCUUCUUCUAUCCCUACCCACUCGCGCAGUUCCAACGCAUAGUCCUACAAAGCAUGCGACUCUAUUAGUCGACACUUUUCACGAACACCAUACCCUAAAAGCUUUGCUCUCCGACCUCCAGAAAAGGGAUUCCUGUCCUUUGCUAUUACUUAGACACCAUGGAGAUUGGAACAGAGACCAUUUCUGGCUCGUUGUUAAAUUCCUCAGAAAUGCUUCAAGAUCCCAUGAAAUCCUUAAGCUAUUUGAUACAUGGAAGAGCAUCGAGGGGUCGCGCAUCAGUGAGAGUAACUAUGAGAAAGUAAUAGUUCUAUUGAGUCAAGAUGGUCUUAUGGAGGAUGCUGUAUCAGCAUUUCAAGAUAUGAAAAGUCUUGGCCUUCGACCAUCUUUGGGUACUUACAAUACGCUCAUCCAUGGUUUUGCUGCAAGGGGUAAGUUUGAAAUUGCUAUGCUUUUCAUUGAUGAGAUGAAAGAAAUCAAUAUGACUCGAGAAACUGAUACUUAUGAUGGCCUAAUUGAAGCCUAUGGAAAAUAUAGAAUGUACGAUGAGAUGAUCGAGUGUCUAAAACAGAUGGAACUGGAUGGAUGUUUUCCGGACCACAUAACUUACAAUUUGCUUAUCAGAGAGUUCUCCAAAGGUGGUCUGCUUAAAAAGAUGGAAGGAUUAUACCGAAGCAUUCUUUCAAAAAGAAUGGAUUUACAGUCUUCUACCUUGGUUGCCAUGUUGGAAGCUUAUGCCAAAUUUGGUAUCUUGGAUAAAAUGGAAAUGUUCUACAGAAGGAUCCUGAACUCAAAGACCAAUAUGAAGGAGGAUCUAAUCAGAACGUUGGCUCUAGUUUAUAUUCAGAACCAUAUGUAUUCAAGAAUAGAGACAUUGGGUAUCGAUCUUCACAUAAAAGCUGGGAAGACAGAUCUUGUUUGGUGCCUGCUUCUUCUAUCACAUGCUUGUCUAUCAAGUCGAAGGGGUAUGGACUCUGUUGUUCAGGAAAUGGACAAAGCUAAAGAAAUUUGGAAUGUGACUGUUGCAAACAUUUUACUUCUAGCUUAUUUGAAAAUGAAAGAUUUUAAACGGCUCAGAACACUGUUCUCUGAGAUACGAGCAAGACAUGUGAAACCUGAUCUAGUAACCAUUGGAAUUCUAUUAGAUGCAAAUAACAAAAGUUUUGAUGGAACCAGAACUUUAGAGGCAUGGAGAAGGAUGAACAUGCUAUCCAGAGCUGUGGAAAUAAACACCGACUCGCUUGUUUUAGCUGCAUUUGGAAAAGGGAGGUUCCUUAAAGACUGUGAAGAGGCAUACGCUUCCCUGGAACUUGUGGGUAGGGAAAGUAAAGUUUGGACUUAUGAAGAACUCAUUGAUCUAGUUUAUGAAAACCAGGGGGGAAUGGUACUGAAAACCAGAUAAAAUAGCUUGGUGUGCAUGUGCCUGUAUCAAUUUUUUCUAGGGAUUUGACCGCCAUUAACAACCAGGAGGGCUUUACAGUGGGGAGUUUUAUAUGUUUGUUUGUUGUAAAUUUGAUGUACUUUUAACGGUUAUUACUUCACUUGAAUCAAUGGGUAGUACAGGUAAGAUUAGUUGGUA